AUGUUUGGUCAACGCUUCUAUGGCCUGCGUGGCACGAAGCUCAACGUCGCCAUUGGCAUUAUUGCCGGGUUGGACUUUUUGCUAUUCGGAUAUGAUCAGGGUGUGAUGGGUGGACUGCUCACGUUGGAAUCAUUCACCAGCGUAUUCCCGGAGAUCAACACCGCCGGCGCUCCUGGCAAUUCACCGAGGGCGACGACGCAGGGUAUCGCGAUUGGAUCUUACAAUCUCGGCUGUUUCGUGGGAGCGAUCAUCUGUAUCUGGUUGGGUCAGUUCCUGGGUCGUCGACGAACGAUUUUCGUCGGAUCUGCUAUCAUGGUCGUCGGGGCCAUCCUUCAGUGCUCUGCAUACGGCCUUGCACAGUUGAUCGUCGGUCGUAUCAUCACGGGUAUCGGCAAUGGUCUCAAUACAUCCACGGUGCCUACCUGGCAGUCAGAGACAUCGAAGGCGCACAGGAGAGGGCAGAUGGUGAUGAUAGAGGGUGCUUUGAUCACCGGAGGCAUCAUGAUCAGUUACUGGAUCGACUUUGGCUUGUCGUUUGCUCCAGGCUCUGUCUCCUGGCGAUUCCCUAUCGCGUUCCAGAUUCUGUUCGCCCUUGUCAUCCUGGCCUUUGUCCUGCCGCUCCCAGAGUCUCCACGUUGGCUCAUCUUGAAGGGGCGCGAGGCUGAAGCUGUCACCGUCUUGGCUGCACUUAGCGAUCUUCCCGAAGAGGACGAGUACAUCCAAAGCGAGUUCAUCGCUAUCAAGGAGUCUGUUAUCGAAAUGGCCCAGGGAACGUUCAAGGAAGUGUUCACGAUGGGCAAGGACCGCAACUUCCAUCGUGCUGCUCUUGGAUAUGUCAACCAGAUGUUCCAGCAGAUUUCCGGCAUCAACUUGAUUACUUACUACGCCGCUACCAUCUACGAGACGGAAAUUGGUCUAUCUGGCUUCCUCUCGCGUAUUCUAGCUGCUUGCAACGGCACGGAAUACUUCCUGGCAUCCUGGAUUGCAGUAUUCACCAUUGAGAAGAUUGGCCGUCGACCGCUGAUGUUGUUCGGUGCCGUUGGAAUGUCCCUUUCAAUGGUCGUCCUCGCGGCUGUCACAUCAGUUGGAGGAACCGGUCCUGGCAUAGUGGCCGCUGUUUUCCUGUUCAUAUUUAACACCUUCUUUGCGAUUGGUUGGCUUGGAAUGACCUGGCUAUAUCCUUCGGAGAUUGUGCCCCUGCGAAUUCGUGCGCCCUCGAGCGCCCUCUCGACAUCUGCCAACUGGAUAUUCAAUUUUAUGGUCGUGAUGAUCACUCCGGUUGCUUUCGCAACGAUCGGAUACCAGACUUACAUCAUCUUCGCCGUCAUCAACGCCUUCAUCGUCCCCUGCGUCUACUUCUUCUACCCGGAAACCGCCUACCGCUCGCUCGAAGAAAUGGACGAGAUCUUCCGCAAGACCACCAACGUCUUCGAGGUCGUCAAGCUCGCCCGUCCAGACGUGACACCCAACCGCUACGAUAAGAACGGCAAGCUCCUCAUCAACUACCUCGAGACCGAAGAGCACAGACGCCGCAGCAGUGUUGUUGCGCCGGCGGGAGCGGGUGGUGUCAAGGCGCCGUAUGAGGAUAAGGAGAGGUCACAGCAUAACGAGGCUUACCAGGCUGAGGGUGGCUUCGGGAAUGGUAGCGGCAGUGAGAAUGAGAAGUAA